AUGGCCGGCGGUUCGCUCGCGCUGGACCUAGUCCGGCCGCUGGCGUCGCUGAUGCCGGCGGUGCGGCGCGCCGACCGGGCGGUGCCGUUCCACCGCCGCGCGCUCUACACGGGCAUCUCCGUGUCCGUCUUCCUGGUGUGCAGCCACCUGCCGCUCUACGGCGUCCGCUACGCGGCCUCGGCGGGGGCCGACCCCCUCUACUGGGUGCGCUCCAUCCUCGCCUCCAACCGCGGCACGCUCCUGGAGCUCGGCGUCGGGCCCGUCGUCACGGGCGGGACGGUGAUUCAGCUCGCCACCGCCUCCAGGCUGCUCCGCGUCGACCACAAUGUCCGCGCGGACCGCGAGCUCGUGGCCGCCGCGCGCAAGGUGCUCGCCAUGGUCAUCGCUGCGUUCAGCCCCGUGACCGUGAACACCGGGCGGGUCCCGGAGUUCGAGGGCAUCGUCCUCGCCGUGGUCUACCAGGCCGUCGCCCGGGCCGGCAGCGCCCGCGCGCUCGUCGCCACCCUGCUUCGCCGGCACCUCCCUAACGCCAUGAGCCUGCUGGCCACCUGCGUCGUCAUGCUCGCCGCGGUCUUCCUCGAGGGCGUCCAGAUGCUGCUGCCGCUGCAUUCCAGGGACGGGCGUGGGCUGCGGGCCACCUUCCCGAUCAAGCUUCUCUACACGUCCACCAUGCCCAUCGUGCUGCACUCUGCCGCGGUCACCGCCCUUUACCACGUGUCGCAGCUGCUCCACUACAGCCGAUUCGGCGGCGGCGUGCUCGUCCGCCUGCUCGGCGUCUGGAAGGAGGGCAGCCACGCCGCCGUCCCGGUCGGCGGCCUCGCCUACUACGUCACCCCGCCGUCGAGCGUCGCCGCCGACCCGCUACACGCGCUCGUCUACACCGUGCUGCUGCUGGCCUCGUGCGCGCUCCUCUCCCAGGCCUGGGUGAUCGCCUCGGAGUCGUCGGCGGAGGACGUCGCCAGGCAGCUCGCGGACCAGCGCCUGGCCAUGCCCGGAAGGCGCGACGGUGCGACCCACUCCCAGCUCAGCCGCUCCAUCCCCACGGCCGCCGCUCUCGGAGGCCUCUGCGUCGGAGCUCUCACCAUCUUCGCCGACAUGACCGGGGUCAUCGGCACCGGCACCGGAAUCAUGCUCGCCGCCACCGCCGUCUACAACCUCGUCAACUCCGUCGAGAAGGAGGAAUAA